AUGCCAGGGUCUGUGACUGUCAAGAACGUGUGCGAGUCUGGAGAAGCAUGGGACCCAAGGAGGACAGGGAAUUUCUUUGCUGUCGUCACUUCUCCCUGUCAAACUGUAUCGAAAUCGCCUAAAAAUGGGUGGAGGACAGAGAUUGCCGGCUUGUGGGAACUCUUCUUUUUUUUUCUUCUUCCUGGCGCUCGCUGGGUCCUGGGAGUCGGGAUUCCUGGCCUCAAGCUCCACCGCGUGGCAGCAAGGACCGUCGAAAGGACUCAGCUAAAGUCUGCUGGACCGACGUCGAGCCAGUUCGUCUCGUUCCAGGAAGCUUCUGUUGGCUGUGGUUCAUCCGCAGCACCGGCGUCAAACCAGGGAAACCCCUUCGACAUAGCAUUUGACCGCAAAGUUGGGAACUGGGCGUUCCCCUGGGGCUCUGAUGUUGGUGCUUUUCGUUGGCGCCGGUGCCAAUCGUCGCCGCUUCGGGUCAGAGCGCCAGAAGCACUCAGGCCCAACUGUGGAGAAGCCCUUGUCUUUCGUUUCUUCCCGUCCGCGACCGUUGCAAUGGAUUUUCCCUCGAACGGGGGUCAAGAGCCUGGCAAGGCCUGCUGGGAUGUUGCGAAUCCGUGGACGCCGCGCCCACAAGGAAGCUCUUCACAGCACAAAGUGCCCCAACCUUGA